CAUAAAAUUGGUCCCAAUAGAUACUACCAGGUUUUAAUGAGAAUACAACCACCACACGGAAAGAGGAAAAUUGGCAAUCAAACAGAGAGAUUAACCUUGAGGAAAAAGCACUGCCAAGCAAUUUGUACAUCCUUUUUUCAGACCAAAAAGAUGGAGAUAAUAGAGAAACCUCAUCAUGUAGUUGUUCAUCCUUUUCCAGCUCAAGGCCAUAUCAAACCCAUGUUAUGCCUUGCACAGCUUCUUAGUGAAGCUGGCCUUUACAUCACCUUUAUCAUCACCCACCAUAUUCACAAGCGCUUAGCAGAUUACCUCCCAUCACUCACCGCCCGAUUCCCAAAUCUCCAUUUCCAAUCCAUCUCCGACGGCUUUCCCGAUGAUCAUCCACGAAAAGUGAAUUCUGAUUACUUCAAUGAGAUGAAGAUAAAAACCAAGCCGCAUUUCAAACAAGCUGUGGUUUCCUUAGGAUUGGAGAGCAGUGACAAUCGUUCGUCCCGGCUACGGCCUGCAGUGAGUUGUAUCAUAGCAGAUGGAUAUUUGGUAUAUUCAUUUGAUGUGGCAGAGGAGUUGACACUUCCCAUUUUCACAUUUGUUUCCCAUGGUGCUUGUUUCUUACAAGCAUAUUAUUGCAUCCCAACUCUUAUUCAACAAGGUCACCUUCCUUUUCCAGAUGAUGACAUGAAUCAUGAAAUUAAAUGUGUGAUCGGACUCGAAGGCCUACUACGACGCAAAAAUUUGCCUUCUGUAUGUAUGCUUAGAGAAGUAGAAAGCCCUGUGUUUCAGUCCGCUGUCAAUGAUAUCCUAGGCAUGAAUCGAUCUUCCGGUGUCAUAAUCAACACCUUCGAUGAACUCGAAGUUGAAUGCCUCCCUCACGUAGCCACCCACUUUCACAAAGUUUACACAGUCGGACCUCUUCAUGAAUUCUUGAAUUCUAGAAUCGGAAACUUUGGCAUCCAAUCUCAUGCUUCUCUUUGGAAAGCAGAGCAGAAUUGCCUUCCUUGGCUUGAUUCACAGCCAUUGAAAUCUGUUCUUUAUGUAAGUUUUGGAACUUUGACCAAAAGAUCAAUUUCUCAAUUGCUUGAAAUUUGGCAUGGUUUGGUAAAUAGUGGACACCCAUUUUUGUGGGUGAUACACUCAGAUGUUGUAUUGGAUGAGGAAAGAGAGAAUGUGAUGCCUGAAGAACUUCAAAAGGGUGCUAAAGAAAAUGGGUAUAUAGUAGAUUGGGCUCCACAAGAAGAGGUUUUGGUCCACAACUCUGUUGGUGGGUUUUUGACCCAUUGUGGUUGGAACUCCAUGUUAGAGAGUCUCAUGGCCAGAAUUCCUUUGAUCUGUUGGCCCCACUCAAACGAUCAGAAUCUUAACACUGAAUUUGUGACCAAAGUGUUGAGAAUUGGGGUUGAAUUGGAGGCGUCUGAUAGGUCGACCGUGGAAGCAACAGUGAGGACACUGAUGGGAAGUCAACGGGAGGAGUUUCAAAGGUCAGUGGAUAAAAUUGCAAAAUGUGCACAGGAUGGUAUUGGACAUGGUGGAUCUUCAAAUCACAAUUUAGAAAUGCUAGUCAGAGAUAUCAAGAUGAUGCAACUGAAGAGCCAAGAGCAUCACCGGAAAGCGUGAAGAUUUUCAAGACAAGUUACAAUAAAGUCUUUCAACUUUUGUUGUCUAUUUUGUUAUUUUUCAUAACAUCAUUUAUAAUUUUUAUAUUUCUGAUGAUGUGGCACUUAAUCCAGUGUAUUUAAUGCUGGAGAGUCAAUUAAUAUUGCUGACUCUAAGACAGAUUUGGUGCCUAUGGGUAAUAGCUGAAAUGGCAUAAGGCUGGCAGCAAUACAUAAAUGUAUUUUGUAGUGUGUGUAAAAUGUGGUGUGUAUGAGAGUUAGGGUGAACUGAGCAACUCUUUAUAGUUAGGGUUGUUUAGAGAAAAUGAGCUUCCAUUUAGCUUUUACUGUGAGAUGCCAAUGAUAAGCUUUUUAUAAGCUUAAACCUGUAUUCCUCCUAAAGUUUAAUACAAUUUAUACUUCCUUGGGUGCCAA